CUUUAAACUCGGUAUAUAUAGGGCGUACUCGGGAGCAAAGGUUGGAGUAACCCAAUACAAACAUUUUUUUGAGAUAAACUUUUAUACACAAAUUUUUACACUGAAACUACAAAAAAAACUGGGGUAGCCGGGCCCUGGUCGACCUCCUCUAGCUCCGCCCCUGUAUAUAAAUAUUCUGCCUAACUAGCAUGGAGCUGGGUGCUUCAUCAGGAAAAGCUAAGAGGAUGCAUUCCAUGGCUGCUGAGGUACAAAAUGGCGAGCUCAAAAAAACCUUCAGUGCAUUUAACAAGGAUGGUGAUGGGUGCAUCACACUUGAAGAAUUAAGGGGUGUGAUCAGAGUCUUGGAGCAAAGCCGGAAAAAGGGUAAUGAGCUGCGGGACAUGAUCAAUGAAGUUGAUGCGUCGUCUGCCACUGCUUUCAUAGACUUCAUACAAUUCUUGAACCUCAUAGCCAACAAAAUGAAGGCCGGUUUGUCCAAAGAUUUAGAUGUAGAGGAGGAGCUUGAGGAGGCCUUUAAGGUGCUUGACAAAGACCAAAACGGGUACAUUUCGUCUACUGGGUUGAGACAUGUAAUGAGAAAUCUGGGAGAAAAACUGAGCGAAGAAGAGGUUGAGCAGAUGAUCAAGGUAGCCGACUUGGAUGGUGACGGUCAAGUCAAUUAUGAUGAUUUUGUCAAGACGAUGAUGAUGAUGAUGCCUAUUCAUCACACAACAAGUUACACAUAAAAAAGAUAAACACAUAUAUGAUAUACAUUUAUGAUCAACACAUGUAGGUGUUCCAUAAGGAACCAACACGUUGUGACUUGUCACUUGGGACAUUGGUGUAACUUAUAUAUGACGAGAUAUAUACAACUAUAUAGUAAAAAUGUAUUUUUAUACGUAGUAUUAUCUAUCAUUGUAGGCAUUAUUGUGUAAUUGUUACCC